AUGGAACGCCCGAUGGACCAAUAUGAAAUCAGAGAAAUAAUCCUGCCCUUGACUAGGGCCGGUUUCGAGAUGGGGCAAGAGACCGAGAUCGAACGUACGGGUGCCGAAACCGCGCUACACGGAAGCAUCGGUGAGGAGAACUUUGCGCUCGGCCAGCGCCCGCGACUAACGAGCCGAAUUCGAGAUGGAGCUCUUCCUGCGAUCCUCUCGCGGGGAAAAAAGAUGACCAUUGAUUUCACCUCGGUUUUCAGCUAUCGCGUGCAAUAA